AUGAAAUGGACUGUUGAUAAUGAAAUCCAAUUGUAUGGAUUGAUCUGUGAUUACAUACCUGUGGGUGAAAAUAAGGAUAAAAAUCUAAAGAUUUUGAGUGAAAAGAUGAAUGUCAAGUUGUCAGAUCUAAUAAGUAAACUUGACACCUUAUAUGAUUUGAAAUGGUUUGAAGAAGAGGAAGAAGAAGAGGAAGAAGAUGAAGAAGAAGAAGAAGAGGAAGAGGAGAAAGAGGAAGUGAAGGUUGAAAGAAAAAGACCAGGUAGAAAGAGAAGACUUGAAGUUAAAGAAGAGAAACCUAAGAAACGAGGUAAGAAAGCUGAAGAACCUAAACCUACGAGAAGAUCUUCCAGGAGAAGAUAG